UUUCAUAUCACCAUCUAAACCUAACAUCUCAUUCAUCCCAAUCCCAUCAUGAAGAAGAUGAAUAACAUGCUCCGAAAAUGCAAAACGCUAUCGCGACAGCUCGUUAGAACCUCCUCCUACACGAGUCUCCGAUCCAAAUCCACGACUGAUGGCCGUAGGGAUCAAUCAACAACAAGAGGAGGAAUAAUGUGGAACACGAGUGCUGUUGUGAUCUAUGGAGGCGGUGAUGAGGCGCAAGAGACGGUUUUCGUGGGAAGCACGAGGAAACGAUACGUGAUUGAUUCAAAGUAUUUGAGUCAUCCGGUUGUUAAUGCGCUUAUUGAGAGAUCGGGUGAUGGUAAUAAGGCGGUUGUUAAUUGUGAAGUGGUUUUGUUUGAUCAUUUGUUGUGGAUGCUUGAGAAUUCUGAUAUGAAUCUGAAUUCGGAUUCGUUGGAUGAGUUAGCUGGUCUUUAUUCCUCUUAAAUGACUACUGUUUGUUUGUUUUUAUUUCUUUUCAGUUUGUGUAUGAGAUCUGGUUUUAUAUUUUUUUAGGUUUAAUUGUGAAUCGGUCUCGAGAAUUGAGAUCAUUAGUUCAUGCAAUAUUAAUUAAUUUGAUUCAUCACUUGUGUUUGUGCA